CCCACUUUGCGUCAUGGCGUUUGCCAUCCUGCGAAGAUGCCGUGGUCUGCCCGUCUCUCCCCCGUCCGCCCAGCCUUGCCUUGCUUGUGCCUCGUCCCGCAGGAAUCGACGUGCAAAUCUUUAUAUAAGGAGCGUCCCUCCCCUCAGUGUGAUAUGUUCUGGUAUUACAAUCCCCUUCUCCUAGAACUAAAUACUUUUUGAAUUGCCUCACGUUGACCCGAAUUGAAUCCCUCUAUUACUCCUUCCAUUACGUUGUAUAUCUCCCACCUGACCCCAUAUCAACCAUCACCCCGCAUUGUGUUUGCUUUCCCCUCACUUUCACUCGCCACAACCAUUACCCUUCAAUAACAUUCAAAUACAACUCAAUAUCGAUAUCAACCUUCAAUCACCAUAAACAUAGCCAUCAUGGGAAAGAAGGCAGUUCACUUCGGUGCUGGGAAUAUUGGCAGAGGAUUCGUUGCAGAAUUCCUGCACAACUCUGGAUAUGAGGUCGUCUUCUGCGAUGUGAUGGAUAGCAUCAUUGAGCAACUUCAAAAUUCCAAGUCCUACAAGGUCAUCCAAGUCGGAGCCGAAGGCAACAGCGAAUCAACCAUCACCAACUACCGCGCCAUCAACUCAAAAUACCACGAAGCUGAUGUCGUCAAAGAGAUCGCAACCGCCGAUGUGGUUACCUGCUCUGUUGGCCCAAAUAUCCUGAAAUUCAUCGCGCCUCUCAUUGCCAAGGGAAUUGAUUCUCGGCCAAACGAGGCUACCCCUAUCGCAGUUAUCGCAUGCGAGAACGCUAUCGGGGCAACAGAUACGCUCGGCCAACAUAUCAAGAACGAUCACACACCUGAGCACCGAUUAGCCGAUCACCACGAGCGGGCCCGAUACGCAAACUCCGCUAUUGACCGCAUCGUCCCAGCUCAAGACCCGGGUUCGGGGUUGGACGUCAAACUGGAGAGGUUCUACGAAUGGGUUGUUGACCGGACCCCAUUCCACGACCAUGAGCCCCCCGCAAUCAAAGGUGUCAAGUGGGUUGACAACUUGAUCCCCUACAUUGAGCGAAAAUUGUUCACCGUCAACACCGGCCACGCGGCUGCGGCGUAUCACGGCUACUACCACCAAAAGGCUACCGUCUACGAUGCGUUACAAGACCCGAGAAUUAUCAAGGAGGUCCGAAAGGCUUUGGACGAGACGAGCACCCUGAUCGUCGAGAAGCAUGGCAUCCCAGAGGACGAGCAAAAGGCCUACGUAGAAAAGAUCAUCACUCGGAUUGGAAACCCUCAUCUGGAAGAUGCGGUAGAGCGUGUUGGUCGCGCACCUUUACGAAAGUUGAGCCGGAAGGAGCGCUUUAUUGCCCCUGCUGCGGAGCUGGCGGAGAAAGGAAAGGAAUACAGAGCCCUUCUUGAUGCUGCCGAGAUGGCUUUCCGUUUCCAGAAUGUCGAGGGUGACGAUGAGAGUGUGGAAUUAGCCAAGAUUAUGGCGGAGAACACGCCAGAAGCUGUCGUAGAGAAGGUCUGCGGUUUAACACAGAGUGAAGCCUUAUUCCCUCAUGUUGUCGAGAUCGUGAAGAAGGUACAGGCAGAUGCAUAA